UCCUCCUCGGAGCCGGACUGGGGGAGACAAAGCGGCGGCCCGUCGGCUUCUGGCCUCUGGAAUCUUCCAGCGCUCGCCCAGCUCGCCGCAGAAAUGACUGCUGUCCACACAGGCAACAUAAACUUCAAAUGGGACCCCAAAAGUCUAGAGAUCAGGACUCUGGCAGUUGAAAGACUGUUAGAGCCUCUUGUUACCCAGGUUACAACCUUGGUAAACACCAAUAGCAAGGGGCCCUCUAAUAAGAAGAGAGGUCGUUCUAAGAAGGCCCAUGUUUUGGCUGCAUCUGUUGAACAAGCAACUGAGAAUUUCUUGGAGAAGGGGGAUAAAAUUGCAAAGGAGAGUCAGUUUCUCAAGGAGGAGCUUGUGGCUGCUGUAGAAGAUGUUCGAAAACAAGGUGAUUUGAUGAAGAGUGCUGCAGGAGAGUUUGCAGAUGAUCCCUGCUCUUCUGUGAAGCGUGGCAACAUGGUUCGGGCAGCUCGGGCUUUGCUCUCUGCUGUUACCCGGCUGCUUAUUUUGGCUGACAUGGCAGAUGUCUACAAAUUACUUGUUCAGCUGAAACUUGUAGAAGAUGGUAUCUUGAAACUGAGGAAUGCUGGCACUGAACAGGACUUGGGAAUACAGUAUAAGGCCCUGAAACCUGAAGUGGAUAAACUGAACAUUAUGGCAGCCAAAAGACAACAGGAACUGAAAGAUGUGGGCCAUCGUGAUCAGAUGGCUGCAGCCAGAGGAAUCCUGCAGAAAAACGUUCCAAUCCUCUAUACUGCAUCCCAGGCAUGCCUACAGCACCCUGACGUUGCAGCCUACAAGGCCAACAGAGACCUGAUAUACAAGCAGCUGCAACAGGCAGUCACAGGAAUUUCUAAUGCAGCCCAGGCCACUGCAUCAGAUGAUGCCUCUCAGCACCCGGGUGGAGGAGGAGGAGAACUGGCAUAUGCCCUCAAUAACUUUGAUAAACAAAUCAUUGUGGACCCCUUGAGCUUCAGUGAGGAGCGCUUUAGGCCUUCCCUGGAGGAGCGCUUGGAAAGCAUCAUUAGUGGUGCUGCCCUGAUGGCUGAUUCAUCCUGCACACGUGAUGACCGCCGUGAGAGAAUCGUGGCAGAGUGUAAUGCUGUCCGCCAGGCCUUGCAGGACCUGCUCUCAGAGUACAUGGGCAAUGCUGGACGUAAAGAAAGAAGUGAUGCACUCAAUUCUGCAAUAGAUAAAAUGACCAAGAAGACCAGGGACCUGCGUAGGCAGCUCCGCAAAGCUGUCAUGGACCAUGUUUCAGAUUCAUUUCUGGAAACCAACGUUCCACUUUUAGUAUUGAUUGAGGCUGCGAAGAAUGGAAAUGAGAAAGAAGUUAAAGAAUAUGCCCAAGUUUUCCGUGAACAUGCCAACAAAUUAAUUGAGGUGGCCAACUUGGCUUGUUCCAUCUCAAACAAUGAAGAAGGUGUAAAGCUUGUUCGAAUGUCUGCAAGCCAGCUAGAAGCCCUCUGUCCUCAGGUUAUCAAUGCUGCAUUGGCUUUAGCAGCAAAACCACAGAGUAAACUGGCCCAAGAGAACAUGGAUCUUUUUAAAGAACAGUGGGAGAAACAAGUCCGAGUUCUCACAGAUGCUGUCGAUGACAUUACUUCCAUUGAUGACUUCUUGGCUGUCUCAGAGAAUCACAUUUUGGAAGAUGUGAACAAAUGUGUCAUUGCUCUCCAAGAGAAGGAUGUGGAUGGGCUGGACCGCACAGCUGGUGCAAUCCGAGGCCGGGCUGCCCGGGUCAUUCAUGUCGUCACCUCGGAGAUGGACAACUAUGAACCAGGAGUCUACACAGAGAAGGUGCUGGAAGCAACCAAGCUGCUCUCCAACACAGUCAUGCCACGUUUUACUGAGCAAGUGGAAGCGGCUGUGGAAGCCCUUAGCUCAGACCCUGCCCAGCCCAUGGAUGAAAACGAGUUUAUCGAUGCCUCCCGCCUGGUGUACGAUGGCAUCCGGGACAUCAGGAAAGCGGUGUUGAUGAUAAGGACCCCUGAGGAGCUGGAUGACUCUGACUUUGAGACGGAAGACUUCGAUGUCAGAAGCAGGACAAGUGUCCAGACAGAAGACGACCAGCUAAUAGCUGGCCAGAGUGCCCGGGCGAUCAUGGCUCAGCUUCCCCAGGAGCAGAAAGCAAAGAUUGCGGAACAGGUGGCCAGUUUUCAGGAAGAAAAGAGCAAGCUGGAUGCUGAGGUGUCCAAGUGGGACGACAGUGGCAACGACAUCAUCGUGCUGGCCAAGCAGAUGUGCAUGAUCAUGAUGGAGAUGACAGACUUCACCCGAGGUAAAGGACCACUCAAAAACACAUCCGAUGUGAUAAGUGCCGCCAAGAAAAUUGCUGAGGCAGGCUCCAGGAUGGAUAAGCUCGGCCGCACCAUCGCAGACCAUUGCCCAGACUCAGCCUGCAAACAGGACCUGCUGGCCUACCUUCAGCGCAUCGCCCUCUACUGCCACCAGCUCAACAUCUGCAGCAAAGUCAAGGCCGAGGUGCAGAACCUCGGUGGGGAGCUGGUCGUCUCCGGGGUGGACAGCGCCAUGUCCCUGAUCCAAGCUGCAAAGAACCUGAUGAAUGCGGUGGUGCAGACAGUGAAGGCGUCGUACGUGGCCUCCACCAAAUACCAGAAGUCCCAGGGGAUGGCAUCCCUCAACCUCCCUGCUGUGUCGUGGAAGAUGAAGGCACCUGAGAAAAAGCCCUUGGUGAAGAGAGAGAAGCAGGAUGAGACGCAGACCAAGAUUAAAAGAGCGUCUCAGAAGAAGCACGUGAACCCCGUGCAGGCCCUCAGUGAGUUCAAAGCUAUGGACAGCAUCUAAGGCUGCCCAGACCCUCCUAAAGAUCCCUCACCAUUCUUCACUCACGUAUAUUUGCUAAAUAGAACACUGAUGCUAGAUCCCAUAGGGAAAUAGAUUCUUGAGACCUGGCCAACCUAGUGAAUUUUGCAAGGACGUACUUGUGUUUAAGUCAUAGAAUUCAGGGGCAUAUAUCUAGCUAUAUUUUUUAUACUCCUAAAUAAUUAAAAAAGUAAAAAUUCCAUAACCAAAGAGACUCCUACAUGAACGUGUUAGUGACACUGUUGACCAAAUUGAGAGGCCUGUCCUCCUAGUGGUGGCAGCAGUAGGUUUGGGAGAGGGGAUCUGCCUGCACCUUGGUUCAGGGAGGGGCUUCCCCCGGUUCUGGCCACUUGGCUGGUAGUAAAUGACCAAAGACGACCCGGAGCAAGCAUCCCGGGCGUCUUAGGAGGCCUUGGAGAAAGGAACAUUCCCAGACAGGCCUUUAAAGGGACAGCCCACACAAAACUAAUUAAAACAAUGUAUCAUGAAGAAAACAGAUUAGUCUCUUUAUAACAUGAAAGGAUUUUAAUGCAUGGUUACAAUUACUAAUGUACUCUGCUGUGGGACAUUAAUAAAGUUGCUUUUUUUCAGGCUAGAAUGUUGUGAUGCCAUAAUCAGAACAUGCUCUUUUAACUUCCUUCAGCUUCAAAUGCAAAUUCAUCAUUGGGUUCACUUCUAAUAAUUGCAGUGCUUCCUGCCUUGGGCUUAGGAGAGAAGCCUGACAAAAUAGUGUUUGCUUAGGCAAUAAUUUAGACUACCUUAUUUGUGAUUACUAUAGCGAUUACUAUAACUACAAGGUAUAAUUUUACUUUAUUUAAAUUUUAUGAAUUGGAAUGUUUUUUACACUAACUUUUCCCAAUAAAGUCCACUAUGAAACCAAGUCUAAGGGGCCAGAGUCCUUUUCUUUGCCUUCCCAUAGAGUGGAGUUUUACAUCAGGCAUCUCCUGGAUUUGCCCCCAGCAUCUGCCAUGCUCUGGCCUCCUGCUGGCCCUCUUUCCUGGAUGGUACUGCCCAGGGAGGGAGCAGACUGGGCUCGGGGCUGUGCCUCCUGGCAGCUAGAGGGCCACACCCGCCAUGGGAAUUCACACGCCUGCACUUCAGGGUGCAGCUCAGAACCUCAGAGGCGUCCUUGACAUCUCCCUGGAUGUCACCCCUCCCCUCCUGAAUCAUCCCCCUGGUUUGUAACUGUACCAUGAUGAUGGCUGCCUUACAGACCUCCUAAACCUGCUGUCCUUUCCCAGCCUGUCCCCAUUCCCUAAAGUGUGUUGUCCUAUCUCCCCUUCCUCACUUGCCGCCAUUCCAGUCAGCUCUGCACGCCCAUCUUCCUCUCCGCACCGUCAGUGGCCAAGGUGCACAGGCCCUCCCCGCCCACAGCCCCUCCCUUGGCCUCCGAAGCACCUCACUCCGGUUUCCUGUUCCUCACGGGGUGCCCCUCCUCCUUUUCCUAGCUGGUCCAAGUUGCGCUGUCUGUCCCAGGGCUCAGUCCUCGGCCUCCUCUCUCUGGUUCUGCUUACUCCUGAUCUUAGCCAGAUUUCUGGCUUUAAAUACCAUCCAAAUGCCAACUUUACCUAGAACUAGACUUCUAUAACUGGCGGUCUCCUAAACUCUCCACUUGGAUGUCUUUAUGCAUAUUUCACACAGAUUCUUCCCUUUGAAAUGUAUGCUGGGGCCAGCUACUUCUCACCAGUUCUGUUUGCCGUCACCUGGUCUAAGAUCUCAUCACUGCAUUAGCUUCUGUUAGCAUGUAACAAACUGCCCAAGAACUCAGCAGCCAAGACAGCAAGCAUCACUCACAGCUUCUGAAGAUCAGGAGCCCAGGAGCAGCCGAGUGGAAGGUUCUGACGCUUGGGUCUCUUGUGAGGCUGUGUCUCUGGAGGCUUGUGAGCAGAGGACCCACUUGCAGGCUCCUUCACAGGGCAGGGGUGGGAGGCUGCGGUCUGUGCCAGGUGGGCCUUCUUUCCCGCAGAGCGGCUCACGCCCCCACCAGAGUGAGCAAGCCGAGAGGAUGGCAACCAGAUGGAAGCUAUGGCAUGUUUUAAAAACCUGAUCCCCAAAGCAAUAUGCGAUGCCUUCAGUGUUAUGUUGGUGACACAAACCACCCUUGGUCCACGGUGGGAGGGGACAACACAGGGGCACAGGCCAGGAGGUGGCUCCCAUGGGCGUCUGCAUGUGGACCACUGCAGUAGCCUCCUUCCCCGCACUGCCCCCCCAACCCCCACCAGACGUCCCCAAUCACCCUGUUGCCACGGCUCACAGUAACCCCUCAGAGACAAGCCAGAGCAUGUCAUUCUCCUAGCUCAACCUUCAGUGGCUUCCAUGCUCUAGAAGCCGGAGUUCUAAUUGACGAGUGUGGCCGCUUGUGUCUCUGGUCUUUCCUCUCCCCAUUCUUUGCACCUGCCCUUUCCCACUUCCGGUUCUGCUCUUCCCAGAGACCACCCCCCCAUUCCUUCUCAAGAUCUCCUUCAGGUGUCUUGUCAAAAGUCUAUCAGGAAGACCUCCCCUGAUUCUCUGCCUCCCUGCUUCAUAGGGAUAGGAGUCCACUCGCCAAGGCCCAGGACACAGUGAACAGGUACCCUGGGGACCACUCGUGGGGCUGGGCUCACAGACGCUGACCUGCCUUCACUUGGCCCCUCCUCCUGGCUGACUCAGAAUCCAUGCUGACUCGGGACACUCGUGGCUUUUGUUGCCUUGAUCUACAGCCCUGCACCCAAGCACCAGCUAGACCAUCCAGUCCACCUGUCUGCUCAGCCCAUCCACUUCUCUCAGAGGCUGAGCCCACCCUGGUCUGGACGGCCCCCUCCCUCAGCCCCCAGCAUCCAUUACCCACUCUCCACCAAGUGGUAAAAGAAACUUCGAAAAAUAUUUCUCAAGAGUCAGUCCUCUGCACACAGCCCUCAGGGACCCCAUGCCUGCCCUGGGAGUAUCUGGACUGACCGUGCUCUCUGCACCCACAUUGUCUGCUGGAGGCGAUUCCUAGGAUGCCCACACGCUGCCCCCAUGAGCCCAUCACGUGCAUGUCCCAGGCAUCACCCUCGUCAUCCCAACAUUAAUAGCACACACGUUACCAAAAGAUGAAAGUUCUACUGAGCUUCGCCUCCUCAAGCAAUAGCUAUGAAAUGUUUGAUGUGCUACAGUUUUUCUAAUACACAUUAAAAUUAACUUUAGUAAAGUGUUCAUUGCUAUAGCACCUAAAAUCUCCCCUUGGCCACGACGGGCAAGAGUCACCCAUGACCACCCCCUUCUCACCAGGCCUUGGCCCUGUUGCCCCCAGCACAUGGCGUCACAGUGCCAGCUCACACAGGGCUGUCUGGCAUUCUUUGGGGAAAAGGCAGUGGUCUUGGUGACUCCAUAACCUCUCAAAGGCCCUGGCACGUGCUUGAGAAAUAGUUGAACUGUUAGAAUGAUUCACUGCUUAUUUAAACCAGUCCAUCAGAAGAUACUGGGAGGCAGAAAGCAGGUCACGGAGGCGGCACCAGAGGUCUUGCCCAGCGAUCCUGAGUACUCCACCCUCCUCACAGACCAUGGGCUGAGCUUGGGGGAGACCAGCCUCACCGUGUCAGUGAGUGGGCUGUUCCUGCCCCUUGGCCACUGCUAAGGGCUGUCUCCCCUCACAUCCCGAGGCUUCUUGCUUCUCAGCCAGGGCAGCCGUGACCCUCAGUGUCACCUCCCUGGGUGACACCUCAGGCCAGCUUCUCCCCUCGGUGCCUCAGCCUGGCAUCUGGGCCCAGCUGCCCUGCAACCCUGCUCUGGCCACGACCUCACACAGGCUGGGCAGAGCCCCACUGCUCUCCCCACUGCCCUGCUAACCAUAGGGCAGUGCCUCCCACGACCGCUAGGCCCCUCACCUCUGCAGCCUUAAUGCUCACAGCGUCCAGUCUCCACCCAGGCAAGGACUGCCCCCCCCCACUGAAGAAAGAGCAGGAGCUGCCGCAUGUUGGGCACACCCAGGGCCCGUGUAGGCCUUCACCCACAUCCCCCUGUUGUUCGUUUGCUGCCCGUGAUGUGUCGCUAUUACUGCCCCUCAAACCACAGGAGUGGGGACCGACUCCCUCACCCAAGUCACACAGCUCACGAGUUGCCCAGCCCCUCCUUCCAGCCACUCAGUCAGUCCCUCUAACACCCCCAGGUGCCCCAGAGGGCAGGCUCUUCUCCCCAGAGACUCCCUCAGACUCCCACCGCACCUGCCCGUUCCUGCACAGGUCCUCAGGACUGCGUGUCAGCGUGCGGGGAUUCUCCAGGCUCCUGGGUGAGGCCACCCCAUGACUGAUCACUGGAUCCCAGUCCAAAGCAUUCUAGCUCUCAAUUCUCACACUCUUAUUUCCUGCCUGACCAAGUCUGCCUUCCCUCAGUGGUUCUCAUCAGCACACAAAAACACGUCAUAGACCCCAGAGUUUAAAACAAGGAGACAAAAACUUUUUCUGGGUCCACGUCUCCCUCCCUUGAGCCAGAGCUCCUCAGGGGAACGUUGGGACCGUCUCCAGUGCCCACUGUCACUCUCCCUGCUCAGUCCAGCCCUCCUCCUCUCCUCUCUGUGCUGGCGGCCACGCCCCCUCCUUGCACACUUGCUCCAGAUGUCCACCAUCACCCUCACUCACCUUGCUUGAGUCCCCUUAACAUGCUCCCCAUCUUGGUCUCUAACACUCAGCUGGUCCAGGCCACUGACCUUGCUUCUCUUCUGCUUGAUGAAUCAUGUGCAGCGACCAGGUUUUCAGGGUGGGAUGGGGAGAGGCUGCAUAUAUAUCCAUAUAUUUUGUUACACAUUUUACUCCUAUGAAGGAAUUACAGUACACAACUCACAGUUAACGAAAUAUGCGACAUUCUUUACUCGAUUCCACACAGCUUAAAUUCCACUGAGGCCUUCUUUGAUUUUUGCUCAAAUCUUGCAUCCAUAGCCAACCUAAGGUUGAAACUGACAAAUGAGUCUAGUUCUGACAUGAAUGUUGGUUGAUAUUUUUGUUUACCUUAAGGAGUAAGGAAGUGAAAGAACAAAAAUAAGUGUGGGAAUUUCACUUGUCAGUGAAUGAUGACUUUGCUGAAUCAGAAAAUAUCUGUCAAAUACUGUAAGACAAUCCUCAUUUUUUGUGUGCUAAAUAUAGAUGACAAACAAAGCUUAAUUGGCAUUAAUGUCUUCUUCAUCACCCUCUUUAAGUCUAGACAAUCAACAAAACAAUAAAUUAAGCCUUGAUUUGUAACAUUUCCCGACUUCCCUGGUGUAAAUACUCCCACCACAUCAGAUUUCCAGCCGCCCACGAGGUGUGCUGCUGGUGGAGCUAGGAAAAGAAGUUCGAGUGCACGGUUAGUGUGCCCACCAUCAGAUGCAGUAGACGUUAAGUAAUCUCAGAAGCACAGAUAACAGCCAAAUGCUAGGAAAGGAAACGUUGAGUAUUUGAAAGUGUUAGCUGCUCAGCUGUGUCCAACUCUUUGUGAUCCCAUGGACUGUAGUCCACCAGGCUCCUCUGUUCAAGGGAUUAUUCCGGCAAGAAUACUGGACUGGGUUACCAUUUCCUCCUCCAGGGGAUCUUCCCAACCCAGGGAUUGAACCCAGGUCUCCUGCAUUGCAGGCAGAUUCUUUCCCAUCUGAGCCACCAGGGAAGUAUUUAUUACAAUUUUUUCGCUGUAAUUUACACAGAGUAAAAUUCACUUUCUGGGGUGUUUCUGAAUUUUGACACACAUAGUGGUUGUGUAACCACAACUGAGACAUAGAACAUUUCCAACAUGCUCCCCAAGAUUCCACUGUGUCACCCCACUGUUGUUGAAAUGUCCCCUAAGUCCUCAACAAACGCUUUCCCUGUAGUUCUGCCUUUUCCAGAAUGUCCCAUAAAUAAAGCAACAGUAUACAGC